AUGUCAUCGGAUUCUAUUCAAAUUGAAAAUACUUCUACAACUAAAGAUUUAUGUUCAUCAUCAAAUAUAGAUUUAGAUGAAUUAUAUUCGUCAUCUCGUUCUUCAUCGAUUGAUUUUUCUUCAUCAUGUUUAUCAAAUAAAGAUUUUUUCGAAAGUGAAGAAUUAUCCAUCAAUAAUCGUAAAGAAUCUACAAUAAAACUUCCAUAUCCAGUUAUAUCUGAUCAUCGUGAUCCAUCAUCUGUACUUGCACUUUUACAAAAAGAAACACAAACAACAUCAAAAAAAAUUCUUGAUGUUAUUCAACAAAUUGAAAAUUGUGAAAAACAUUUAACAUCAAAUAAUCAAUUAGAUAAAAAUAAAAAAUCUCUUAAAAAUGAACGUGUUAAAUUAAAACAACAAUUAGAUGCAUUAAAAAAACAUGAACGUCGAAUUAAUUUACAAAUUGACUUUAUCACAACAAAAGUUGAAAUUAAAGCUUUAGAAGAUGAACGAAAACAACUUAUGAAUGAGAAAAAUUUUGAUGAAAAUAAACAAAUUAAUGUUUUAUUAGGAAAAUUAAAACAAAAAUUAGAUAAAAUGAAAAUUUAUAUGAGAACAAGAAAUGAACAAAUGAAAAAAAUUGUUCAUGGAAAACAACGAUCAUCUACAUCAAAUGAUAAUCGACAAAAAUUAUCAACUAGUCAAAAACCACAACAACAUCAUCAUCUAACUUCAUCAGAUUUGAAUCAAAAACGUUCAUUAUCAUCAUCAUCUACAAAUAAUUCUCAUGCAAAUAAACGUCUAAAAUCGACAAAUCAUAAUCAAAUAAAAGUACCCCUUGUUCGUCUUACAUCGCGUUUAACAAGUCAUCAAUCUCAAUCUCAUUCAAUACGAACACCAACAGUAAGAUUUCUAAAUAAAACAACUGGUUCAUCAAUGACAACACUUAAUUCUUCAUCACCAACAACACCAGCAUCAUCAUCAUCAACUUUAUCACCACCUUUAAUAGCAAGUACAAGUAUGGGUGAUGCAAAUAAUAUUCCAAAUUCUCGACAAAUUGAAAUUCCUUCAAUUGAUGAAGACGAUGAACUUGAUCUUGAACUUGAUAUAGAUGAAUUAUUUGAUGAUGAUCCAUAUUGUGAAGAAAACAUACAGGGAUUCAAAUCUGAAACACGACAAAUUAAAAUCAAUCCGGAUAUUUCGAAAAAAGAAUCUUAA